UACAAUUAUCUCUUUCACGUCAAAGCGCACAAGUAAUCUUCCAAAUAUGACGGUAAUUAUAAGUACAAACGUUGUUUAUGAAGUACUUAACAAGUAUAACUACGAGAAUUGGAGUGGAGUGGUUAAAACCUACUUGAUUGCUCACGAUCUCUGGGAUGUCAUAGAACCUGCAGUUGAAGCUGCUCAAAAGCCUCAAAUAAAAGAUCAUAAUACUAUAGAAGACGAAACAUCAGAAUUCGAAAUAUCAGCGGAACGCAAAAUACUAAAAUCAGAAGGUUAUAAUUUGAAGGAGGACAAGAUCAAGAAUGCUAGAGCUCUUCAUGCAAUUCAGAUUUCAUGUGGGCCAGAUGCCCUUUCUGCUAUUAAGGGGAUCUUCUCAGCGAAAGAUGCUUGGCGUAUUUUAGAUGAAACGUUUAAGCCAGAUUUCUUCAUAAAAUUCACAGAUAGCAGUGAUAGCAGUGAAGAAGAGAGUUUCGAUGGGCUUGACGACAAGGACAAGGACGGGGGCAAGGAGUUCAAGCGAGCUUUAGAAGAACAAGACUGGGAUAAAGUAAAGAAGAUGUACACCAAAAAUCCUGGCCUGUUGAAAGGAAGAUUUUCGUCUAAAAAAUUUUCAGCCCUUCACUAUGCUGCACAGCACAGUGGAAGUGCAGGCAUUGUGAAGGACAUGGUGGAAAAAAUGAGUAAGGAAGACAUGGAAAUCAAAGAUGCAUGUGGUGGCGGCACAGCACUUAUGAUGGCCAUAAUGGCAGGAUCUGUGGAAAUGGUAAAAUGCAUGAUGGAAAAAAAUCCUGAAUUAAUUACCGUUGAAGAUAACAGUUUAUUCCUUCCGGUCGAAGUAUCCCUUUCUUGUGAUGAUAUCGACAUGAUUUGCCACCUGUAUUAUGCUACUAAAGCAUAUCUAUCAUCUCGUGAUCACACCGACCGUAGAAAACACGGGGCCACGUUUAUUUCAAAAUGCAUAAAAAAGAAAAAUCUCGGGACAUUAGGUUUUGCUUUGGAUUUACUGAAAGAAGAUGAAAGUUUAGCUCUUACUAAAGACAACACUUGGGAAUCUCCCUUGUACGUGCUCGCAUGUUCACCUUCUCUAUUUGGUGAUGGAGAUGACCUUGCAAUUUUCAAGCGAUGGAUAUAUAAAUUUAUAAGCACAAAACCAGCUGCUCCUGCUGCUGAAAUUGGUGGCGAACAGGUAGAAGAUCCAGAAAGUGGGAGCGACUCCACCAACAUGACAAAGUCGGGGUUGGAUUCAUUCAGCUCACUAGUAACAAAACUUCUAGGAAUUGAACAGAUACGAGAAGAGAAAUUGGUUCAUGAACGUUCCUUGGAGCUACUGUUUGAAAUGUGCAAAGCGGUUAACAUUAAAUUAGCCGCUGCAGUGGAUAGGAAAGACUUGAAAGAUGGUUUAGUGUUGGAGGCGCUAUUCGCUGCUGUGGAACGAGGAAACACUAAAUUUGUCUCUAAACUGAUUUCCAAGGUUCCAGCCCUUUGGAUGAGCACUGAUGAGUAUUCAAGGGACAUUUACAUGCACGCCAUUGAAUGGCGUCAAGCAAAACUGUUUACCCACAUGCUUCGACAUAUAAGCGGUAAUCUUAUAUCAGCAACCAGUUGUAUGAAAGAUAAGUUUGGUAAUAACUUGCUACAUGUAGCUGCAACGUUAUGUCCGUCCACCAAACUCGAUCGUGUUCCUGGAGCAGCUUUGCAGAUGCAAAGAGAAAUACAAUGGUUUAAGGAGGUGCAGAAAAUUGUAUAUCCUGCUGCUUUAGAAGAAGAAAAUUCCUUGGAUAGUUUGACACCACGUGAAGUAUUUACUAAGAACCACAAAGAUUUGAUGAAGAAAGGAGAAAGAUGGACGAAGGAGACGACAACUUUUUCCAGCGUAGUAUCUGCUCUCAUUGUUACCAUGACUUUUGCUGCCGUAUUCACAGUUCCUGAUCUGGAAGAAAACACAAACAGGAAGUUACGCACGGUUUUCAUAAUUUCCGAUGGAAUAUCACUCUUUUCUUCCGCAUCUUCACUGUUUGUGUUCUUAGGGUUAUUCUUGAGCACGCGGUAUGAAGAACAUGACUUCCUCAUAAACUUGCCGUUGAAAUUGAUGGUUGGAAUUUCCUCACUUUUCAUCUCCAUUAUAACCAUGCUUAUAGCCUUUUGUGCGAUCCUUCUCCUUCUGCUCCCUGAAUCAUGGGUUCCAAUCAUUUUGCUCGCAGCCCUUACAGUCACAUUAUUUGCGGCCAUGCCAUUCAGUCUCUUGAUUAUAAUAUUUAAGUCUACUUUCUGUAAAAGACUUUCUUUAACUCUUAAGAGUACGUAGAAGACCACCAAUGCAAAAAAGGACGACUAGGUUGGUCUUCAUUAGAUAUUGAUGUGUGUGUGUUUUGUGCGCGUAUUACUAACUAGGCUUGCUAAAUGAAUAAAUGUCGUACUGGCUGUGUAUCCUUUUCAUAUAUUGUUUUUAUACAUUGUUUUGCAGAUCAUGCUAGUUCAGUGAAGGCAUGUUUGUCAUUUUGUAGCGUGUUGUAUCGUGCUAUAUGUUAUUGUUAU